GCCAGUAGCCAACCCCUCGUUAUCGUCUAUAAAAACGGAAAGAAAAAAAAAAAUAGGACUAAUCUCGUUUCUAAUCUCUUGAUUGUUAGUCGUUAGAUAAUCGAGCAUGGCGGCGUCUAUGAGCAUUUCAUCGUUGCUUUCUCGUUCCUUGGCUGCUGCUGCUUCUUCUACUCUGCGUUCUAAAGGUAGGAUCUCUGAAGUGGGCAGAGUGGUUUCUAGAUACGGCACUACUUGUGCUUCUGUGGAGAACCCAAAUAUUCCUGUCAAAGUGAACCACACUCAGCUUUUGAUUAAUGGGAACUUUGUUGAUUCGGCAUCAGGGAAAACUUUUCCAACAUAUGAUCCCAGGACAGGGGAUGUGAUUGCUUAUGUUGCUGAAGGUGAUACUGAAGAUAUAAAUCGAGCAGUUUCUGCUGCUCGCAAGGCAUUUGAUGAAGGACCAUGGCCAAAGAUGACUGCUUAUGAAAGAUCAAUGGUAUUGUUCCGAUUUGCUGAUCUUAUUGACAAGCAUACAGAGGAACUUGCAAUACUUGAGACUUGGGAUAACGGAAAGACAUAUGAACAGGCUGCUAAGAUUGAACUACCAAUGAUCUCACGUCUAAUUCGGUACUAUGCUGGUUGGGCAGACAAGAUUCACGGUCUUACAGUUCCAGCUGAUAGUUCACACCAUGUGCAAACCAUACAUGAACCUAUUGGUGUUGCUGGUCAAAUUAUUCCAUGGAAUUUUCCUCUUCUCAUGUUUGCUUGGAAGAUUGGGCCUGCCUUAGCGUGUGGCAACACUAUCGUUCUUAAGACAGCAGAGCAGACACCAUUGUCUGCUCUUUAUGCAGCCAAGCUAAUUCACGAGGCCGGACUUCCUCCAGGUGUUCUAAAUGUGGUUUCAGGUUUUGGUCCGACUGCUGGUGCUGCUCUUGCCAGUCAUAUGGAAGUGGAUAAGCUUGCUUUCACUGGAUCAACUCAAACUGGAAAAAUUGUCCUUGAGUUGGCUGCAAAAAGCAAUCUUAAGCCCGUAACAUUGGAGCUCGGAGGAAAAUCCCCUUUUAUUGUAUGCAAGGAUGCUGAUGUGGACGAGGCAGCUGAGCUGGCCCACUUUGCUCUGUUCUUUAAUCAGGGACAAUGUUGCUGUGCUGGCUCUCGUACAUAUGUACAUGAGAGUGUGUAUGAUGAGUUUGUAGAGAAGGCAAAGGCACGCGCAUUAAACCGUACUGUUGGUGAUCCAUUCAAGGCAGGAAUUGAACAAGGUCCUCAGAUUGAUUCAGAACAAUUUGAAAAGAUCCUGAGGUACAUAAGAUCUGGUAUUGAAAGUGGAGCAACUCUUGAAACCGGAGGUGAAAGGAUUGGGAGCAAGGGCUACUAUAUUCAGCCCACCGUCUUCUCCAAUGUAAAGGAAGACAUGUUGAUUGCACAGGAUGAGAUAUUUGGUCCAGUUCAGUCCAUCUUGAAAUUCAAGGACAUCAAUGAGGUUAUUCGGAGGGCAAAUAGUACGAGUUAUGGACUGGCUGCCGGUGUGUUUACCAAGGACAUAGACACUGCUAACACCGUGACCCGGGCAUUGAAAGUGGGAACAGUUUGGAUAAAUUGCUAUGAUGUGUUUGAUGCAGCUAUUCCAUUUGGUGGGUACAAGAUGAGCGGACAGGGAAGAGAGAAGGGUAUUCAGAGUCUUAGCAAUUACUUGCAAGUGAAGGCCGUUGUCACUCCCUUGAAGAAUCCAGCUUGGAUGUAAAUCCCUUAACGACUUUGGUCUUUCUUUCUUUCUACCUUAAUAAUUGAGCUGCUGAUGAUUCUAUCCUAAUUCAUGCCGAAGAAGCAAAAUUCUGUCAUAAAUUUCUAUGCUGGUUGUAGAGAAUUUAAUGAUUCAAAAUAAAUAAUAAUUUGUUUUGAGGCCUCCGUCUCCGAUUAUAGUCAA